AUGGACUGGACUGAGCUUCAUGCUCUUGGACCUCGUUUUACUGAACACCUGGUAAAGCAUUACAAAGAGCCACGGAUUUUCUUUCAUGCGUUUGAAAAUGAAGAGGAUGCCUACAGUCUCGUUAGAGAGGUUUUUGGUAGUGAGGGAGGUGCAGACUUGGCGGCAGAAGGGGUCAGGCGCCUCAUGUCUUGGAGGGACAGCAUGCAAAGCCGUUCAAAACGUGGACAGACACGUCGAUGCAACCUCAGUUUUGAAUUCAUUAGGCAUCCUGGUGAGCAUUUUGGACGCAGUUUGCAAGAAGAGUUUGAAGACAUUGUGAGAGAGAAUCCUGCUUACAUUUUGGACAUUGCCAAACGUCGUUUGAAGAGAAAGAGAGAGACUAGUGGAACGCAGAGGGCAGAUGUCGAACGACCCUGGGAAGGCUUGGAUAAGAAUCUUUGGAUCGAGGCGGUCAAAGACGCUUCGAAAUCGCCUGCGUUCAUGGAACAAGUCCGAGAUUGGCUUUUGGCUCUGUCAGGUACGGUCUGGCCUAAGACCUUAACACCCUUGAUUGCAUAUGUGGAAGAGAAGAUUCAAGAUGGCUGCAGUUUUUCUUGUGUCAGUGAGUUUCAUGCGUCGUUCACAAUUUUGGAGCAACUGGGGAAGGUGCCAGAGGACAAGAGGUUGUCAAAUGACCCAGUUUGGUUGGGCCAUGUGGCGAGCUGGAAGUUGGAGCUAGAGCUUGAGUCUAGGCCACCUAGGAGUGCAAAGCCGUACACAACUGCCAUGUUGCUUUCCUUGGAGAUUUUCGUUUUGGACUUGGAACAAGAGCUUUAUUUUCGAUUCAUUGCAUGGGUGGCUUUGAUUGCAUGUUGGACUGCAAUGAGAUUGGACGAUGUACAAAACAUGUUGCCAGAAACCAUGAAGUUGUCAAAAAGGGGAUUCAGCUGCAGGUUGAGUCGUACAAAAACAACAGGUCCGGGCAAACUUCAUGGACAGGUAGCGGUCUUUGUGAGGCGAGAUGUUACCUUGAGUGGCUACGACUGGCUUGGGACUGGUUUGGAACUUACCUCACAUGAGAGUUUUCAAUACAAAAGGGAUUACUUGGUUCCUGCCCCAAAUGCUGCCUUCGAUGGUUUUGUGCCGAAGAUUGUAGAACCUCCGAGUUUGUCCAACUCAAUUCGUAUCGUUUUGGGCAGGCUUGGUACCCCGAGGUUCCAAGAUGGUCAUUGGCGUGCGAUCAUGAGCAUGCUCCUGGCGCCAGGUGAUGUUUUACUUUUCUGGACAGGUCACAGCCCACGCCAUUUCCUGAACCAAGCGGCCCUGGCCUUAAACAUCAGCAAAGAGAGGAGAGAUUUUCUAAGAAGGUGGUCAAUUGGGAAGUCGGGCAGUAAUGCCUACAUUCAUACGGCGCGUCAAGUCGUCGAAGAGGUUCAACACCAGGUCGUGAGCUCAUUGGUCGAUGGGACUGCUUGUAUUGAUGAGUCAGAAUUGUUGGAUGAAUUGGCAAAAUUCUCAGAUGAACACAACACGGUGGGCCAUCGCAUCCGCCGGCGUCAUGCCCAGCAGCUCCAUCGGGACUUGCAGCAGGGACCUUUCGAUGAAGGUGAGUCGGGAGCUGAGGAGCCAGAUGUAGAUUUGCCAGUGGCCUCAGAAGACCAUUUUCAGGCCCUUCAGCCACAAGGUUCACAGGCAAAGUAUUUUGUGACCGUUUCCAGAAGGACAGGAGUGAGGCGUUUGCAUGCCUACUUCAAGUGCCCAGUCAGGACACAACGAUGUUUGGAGACAUAUGAUGUGGAAAGAUUGGAUGAAGAAACAUUUGAUGCAAUGUGUGCCAUUUGCAAGCGCCGUCUGAAGGUUGAUCAGGGCGGAGCCAAUUCAGAUUCGAGCAGUACCUCUGGAGAUUCAUCCUCCACAGAGGUGGGUGAAGAGGCAGACAAUGCAAACGAUUAG